AUGGCACAAGUCCAAGUGCAGGCGGGGGGGAAGCUUCAUGCGGCUUGCGAUGAGUGCCGCACACGAAAGCUGAAAUGCUCCGGCAAUACUCCCAAAUGUGAACGCUGCAAUAGAGAGAAGAUAGACUGCAUCUACUCGCCGCAAAAGCAAAUGGGUCGACCCAGGAAGAGGAUGAGGGAGAGCGAAGCCGUUGAAGCUGCCCAUUUGCCUGUGCCUGUGCAUCCUGACACUAUGAACAACUUCGCUGAUAUGCCAAACUUUGCGGAUUUCCAUAAUCGGAUUUCCAUGCCGGCUUUGCAGGAUACUCAGUCGUCGAAUGGCUCCUCAGGACAUGGGGCCGUGACUCCAGCACAAUACAACUUCACCUUUUCGGAUCCGUUCGGAUUGCCCUAUUUGCCCAUCGCCGCAUACACGACGGACCCGACCAUCGACCCGUCCCUCUGGAACUUGCAGUCUGGUGUUCAGGCUAAUCACCCCGACGACCCCAUCCAGGAAAACACAGGAAGAUGCACAUGUCUCACAACCACCUGGCUAAUACUCACUGAGUUACAAUCCAUUGUGUCCUUUCCUUUUCCCCAAGUCAUUAUACCCCUGCGCAAAGCACAGUCGGUGCUCUCAGGCCUGAUCCACUGCACGGAAUGCCCCAAGGAAGCAUACAGCGCAAUCCAAAACGUGCAGUCUAUUAUUUCCCUCAUGAAGGCCAUAGUCGAGCGUUUCAACAAAGUCCUCAUGGAAGUCGACCGCGAAGCAGCUCGCCUGGAAGCUAUAGGCGAGAGAAAACCAUACCGCAUUGGCGACAACAAUCCUGCUUUGUUUCACUUACACACUGGUGAUUUCAAUUGCCCCAUGGGAUUUAAUAUCGAGCUCGAGCCCAAGGACUGGAGGAAGCUGGUCAAGACUGCCCUGAAGACUGAGGUAUAUGGUGGGGGGAGCAACCCGAGACCGCUGCUGGAUCUGGUCAAAGAGAGUGAGGAGAGACAAGAGAUGUGGCACAGAGAUAGACAUGCAUGGAACGAGGAGAUGGAACAAUUGCAUCCUGAGAGGCAGGACAGUGAUCCAUCACAGGGAUGUGAGGCUUUGGGGGCUGAGCAUAUUCGGAAGACGAUUGAUAAUUUGAGGUGGGACUAA